CCAAACUUUUCGGCCAAUCACUUUCAAACUACCCCCAGAAUCCAAAAAUUCCAAAAGGGAAAGCACGAAAGGGAAAAAAAUAUGUCAUGGUUGGCUCGCUCGAUUGCCGAUUCUCUUCUUCUCGACGACGAGGAAUCGGAGUCAGCAGGCUACAACGACGUUGCAGCCAACACUUCUUCAUCGACACUGAGGGAUGAAAUUCAAUGUCAAGAAACUGGAUCGCCAUUGUUGUCUCCAGAACAAGUGGCGGAAUUGCGAGGCGUCAAGGAAGAUCUAACCGAACUCAAGCAAUCUCUAACGCGGCAGCUAUGGGGGGUCGCGACAUUCUUGGCUCCGCCUCCGGAGCACUUGGAUCAUCAAUUUGAUGAUCGGUUGUCUUCCGAUUUGAACCGAUCUCAGCAAUCAGAUCAAUCUGGCGAACAAGAGGAGUUAGUUGAUUCGGCGGGUGCGGGAAUUAGAAGUGAUUUUGUGGAUAUUGGGGGGAAUUUGUCGAAAAUGGCCUCGGGUUAUUUUCCGUUUGGAUCGAGGGAAAAUGGAGAAGGAAAUGAGGAGGGAAAUGAGGAGGAGGAGAAUGAGGAGUUUUCUGCAGUAGGGAUUACGGAUGAGGUAUUGGCAUUUGCAAGUAAUAUUGCGCAUCAUCCAGAGACGUGGUUGGAUUUCCCUCUCGACCCGGAUGAAGAUUUGGAUGAUUUUAUCAUGUCUGAUGCUCAACGAGAGCAUGCGUUGAUUAUUCAACAUCUUUCUCCUAGACUAGCUGCUUUGAGAAUUGAACUUUGUCCCUGCCAUAUGAGUGAGAGUUACUUUUGGAAAGUCUAUUUUGUUCUUUUGCAUUCGCGGCUUGACAAAGAGGAUGCAGAGGUUUUGUCUACACCCCAGAUAAUCGAAGCCAGGGCUAUGUGGAUGAAAGAACUACAAAAACAAAUAAAGCCAGAAACUGAUUGGGAUGGUAGAAGUGAUUCCUGCUUAAGAGACAGUAGUCUUCUCCAUGAAGACCUUCUUCCUGCCUCAUCCAGUUAUUCUGCCCUUGAAACCAUGUCCCCUAGGACAUACAAUUCUGAGCCAACUUCUAGCAUCACAACAGAAUAUGAGACUGUGAAGCACCCUGUUGAAAAUACUGAGAUGCUGUUUGUUGACAAGUCUAUUAUUGAGGAAAAACCAGUGUCUAGGAUUGAGGAAAAGGGUUUACUGGUUGGUCCAUCCUCAAAAAUAGUGAUUCCUAAUUUUGAAGAAGAAGAUGAUGAUGAUGAUUGGCCAGAAGAGGAAGGUUUAGAAUUUGGUGGAAGUGCUGCUAUUUUUGUGGGGAAUGAAGAAGAUAUUUCCUUCAGUGAUCUUGAGGAUGAUGAUGUGCUUUUAAAGUCUAAGAUAGUUUCAAAGAGUAUUGAAACUUCUCAAACAUGAGACCUCCAAUUGGCUUCAGCUAUAAGUAAGCUCUGCUGAUUGAACCAAACAUGAAGGCAUCUCACUUGAUGUUGAAAGCCUUAGAUUAUGGAAACUAAUAGCUAGCCUGAUCUCAGGAGCUGUGGUUCGAGGUGGUGAAGGUGUCUUGGAAACUUAUUUGUAUAUGAUGGAUAGUCAAGUGUCAAUAGAGUGAGAUUUAUUGAUUGAUUGUACAUGGGGUGCUAUUGAACCAGAACAGUAUUGUAAUUUCAAGGGGGAAACUGCUUUGUAAAAUGAAAUCUUCAGCCUGUUUAGAGAAAAAUGUUAAAGGAGAAAGUUGGAAUGACAACGCACAAUUGCAACAACAAGAACAACCUUCUUAAUCGCUCCUCGUUGAAGUUUGUGGAAUAUUUCAGAGCAGGUUAUGCACUCAAGCCUUGAGAUUAUUCCUUGGAUCAUUGGAGAUCUUAACACCUUUGUUAUAAAGUAUUAUUUCAUUUUUUCAUAUAUUAGUUUCUGAAAGAGAUUUUUCAAUGACAGAUUUCCUCAGAAGGAAGGUUUUGGUUAUUGUCAGAUUAUCGCUGUAAUCUUGUGUUCUUGUAUAACUACUCUUACUCUUCUAUUCUGCCUCUUAAAGUGGAAAUACCCCAAGGGGGAGAUUUUAUUGUAAAUUCAUUCAUGGCCUGUACUUGAAUGAAAAAGGUUUCUCUUAUUGACUAAUAAAGCAGGUCUAUGGUA